UUGUCAUCGGAGUUUGUUUUAGGAGGUGUAGGGUUUGACAUAAACUGCGGUGUUCGGCUAAUCAGGACAAAUUUAUACGAAAAGGAUGUCGCACCUGUUAAGGAACAACUAACACAAGCGCUUUUUGACUACAUUCCUGUGGGCGUCGGAUCCCGUGGUGCUAUUCCAAUGUCAGCAUCUGAUCUUGUAGAUUGCCUGGAAAUGGGCAUGGACUGGACUCUACGCGAGGGCUACUCAUGGGCCGAAGACAAAGAACAUUGCGAAGAAUACGGUCGAAUGUUACAAGCAGACGCCACAAAAUUGGGUACAUUGGGUGCAGGGAAUCAUUAUGCUGAAGUUCAAGUCGUAGAUGAAAUUUAUGACAAACAUGCAGCAACCAAAAUGGGCAUUGGAGAGCAAGGCCAAGUUGUGGUGAUGUUGCACUGCGGUAGUCGCGGGCUUGGCCAUCAAGUAGCCACCGAUGCCCUUGUAGAAAUGGAGAAGGCCAUGGCUCGUGAUGGAAUCGUCGUUAAUGAUAGACAAUUAGCUUGUGCUAGGAUUUAUUCCAAUGAAGGUCAGGAUUAUCUCAAAGGAAUGGCGGCUGCCGCUAAUUUUGCUUGGGUUAAUCGAUCUUGUAUGACUUUUUGCGUACGACAAGCCUUUGCAAAUACAUUCAACAUGCAACCUGAUGAUUUGGACAUGCAGAUGAUUUACGACACAUCCCAUAAUGUGGCAAAAAUGGAAGAACAUUUGCUUGAUGGUCGACCUGUACAGCUUUGCGUUCAUCGAAAAGGAGCUACGCGCGCAUUUCCACCACAUCAUCCUCUUAUUCCAGUCGAUUAUCAAUUAACAGGACAACCAGUACUGAUUGGUGGUAGUAUGGGUACAUGCAGCUAUGUACUCACAGGCACAGAUCGAGGCAUGGUGGAAGCAUAUGGCACGACUUGUCAUGGAGCCGGUCGAGCGCUGUCUCGAUCAAAGUCCCGCCAAAAGAUUCCUUGGACUGAAGUGAUUGAAAACUUGAAAACAAAAGGGAUUUCUAUUCGUUUGGCUUCACCGAAGCUUAUUAUGGAAGAGGCCCCAGAAUCCUACAAGGAUGUAACUGACGUCGUCAACACAUGUGACACCGCGGGAAUUAGCAAGAAAACUGUAAAGUUGCGGCCAAUUGCGGUAAUUAAAGGUUGA